AUGUCGUUCCUUGGUGGCGCUGAGUGCUCGACCGCGGGCAACCCGUUGACUCAGUUUACAAAGCAUGUGCAGGAUGAUAAGUCCCUGCAACGGGACCGUCUUGUUGGACGGGGCCCGGGGGGCAUGCAGGAGAGCAUGCGGUCUAGGGGUAUGAUGGGUGGUCAAGAUCCGAUGAUGGAUGAAUUCGCUCAACAACCGGGCCAAAUCCCCGGUGCUGCCCCCCAGCCUUUUGCGAUGGAGCACCUGAGACGGGAAUUGGAUCAGUUCCAGGCCACCCCCCCGCGGACGGGUUCCCCGGGCUGGGCGGCCGAGUUCGACGGUGGUGAACAGGCUCGUAUGGAACACGCAUUUGCCGGGCCCCAGGGUCCCAUGAUGAACAAUGGGUCAGGUUUUACGCCGGCGGAGUUCGCCCGUUUCCAACAGCAGAGUCACGGGGGCAUGCCGCAGCAGGAAUCCGCAACGCCGAUGAUGUCUGGCUACCAGCGUCCGAUGGGCAUGGGUGGUGGAUACAUGGGGAUGGGUGGCAUGGGUGGUAUGGGUGGGAUGGGUAUGAUGCGUCCUCAGUACGGCCCGAUGGGAAUGCAACAGCAGCCCGCGGAGGCCGCCACCCAGGACAAGGGCAAGGGCCGCAUGGUCGAGCUUGACGACGAGAACUGGGAGGCACAGUUCGCUCAGAUGGAGACAGCCGGGGACCAGAAGCUGGAUGACCAGGCCAACGCGGCAAUGGAGGCGGAGCUGAACGAUCUCGACAGGUCAGUCCCCAUUUCCAGCACCGGUAACGCGCAAGAUUACGGUGCUUUUGAGAACGCGUGGCAGAGAGCCGAAGCUGAGACGGCCACCAACAGGAAACUGGCCGAGGGUGAACCCGAAUUCGAGAUCAAGGACAAUUUGCACAUGGGCGACUUGGAAGACUGGGACGGCUUUGAGUCGCUCAACUCCCGCUUCCGAGACCCCCAGCUGGGCGACUACAUGUUCGAGGAAGACAACGUCUUCCGGGGCGUGAACAACCCCUUCGAGGAGGGCGUCAAGAUCAUGCGUGACGGCGGCAACCUCUCCCUGGCGGCGUUGGCCUUCGAGGCGGCGGUCCAGAAGGACCCCCAGCACAUCCAGGCCUGGACCAUGCUGGGGUCCGCGCAGGCGCAGAACGAGAAGGAAUUGCCCGCGAUCCGGGCGCUGGAACAGGCGCUGAAGGUCGACCCCAACAACAUGGAUGCGCUCAUGGGCCUGGCCGUCUCCUACACGAACGAGGGCUACGACUCGACGGCGUACCGGACCCUGGAGCGGUGGCUCUCGAUCAAGUAUCCCCAGGUCAUCAACCCCAAGGAUCUGUCAAACGACGCCGACAUGGGAUUCACGGAUCGACAGAUCCUCCACGACCGGGUCACCGAUCUUUUCAUCCAAGCCGCGCAACUGUCGCCCUCAGGCGAGCACAUGGACCCCGACGUCCAAGUCGGCCUGGGCGUCCUCUUCUACUGCGCCGAGGAAUACGAAAAGGCCGUCGACUGUUUCUCCGCAGCGCUGGCGUCCACCGAAUCCGGCACGGUGAACCAGCAAGAGCAGCUGCAUCUGCUGUGGAACCGCCUCGGAGCCACGCUGGCCAACUCAGGCCGUUCCGAGGAGGCGAUCGAAGCCUACGAGCAGGCCCUGAACAUCAACCCCAACUUUGUGCGGGCGCGCUACAACCUAGGCGUCUCGUGCAUCAACAUCGGCUGCUUCCCCGAGGCGGCGCAGCACCUCCUGGGGGCGCUGUCCAUGCACCGGGUCGUCGAGCAGGAGGGACGGGAGCGCGCGCGGGAGAUCGUCGGCGGCGACGGCGGCAUCGACGACGAGCAGCUGGAGCGGAUGCUCCACAUCAGUCAGAACCAGAGCACGAACCUGUACGACACGUUGCGGCGGGUUUUCAUGCCUCCCACCACAGGUGCGAAACUUAUCGCCCAGUCCCUGCGCGACCUCGGCGUCACCGUCAUCUUCGGCAUCGUCGGCAUCCCCGUAGUGGAGAUCGCCGAGGAGGCAAUCAACCUCGGCAUUCGAUUCAUUGCAUUCCGCAAUGAACAAGCUUGCAGCUAUGCGGCCAGCGUCUACGGAUAUAUCACCGGCCGACCGGGUGUCUGUUUGGUAGUCGGAGGACCAGGUGUUCUCCACGCGUUAUCAGGAAUUGGAAACUCCUCCGCCAACAACUUUCCGCUGCUGGUGCUGGCGGGGUCUGCGGAAACGACAGCCGUGACCAAGGGCGCCUUCCAGGAGUUAGACGCGGUGUCGCUCCUGACGCCGCACACCAAGUUCGCCGUGCGGGCGACCUCGCUGGACUUUAUUUCGGGCGCCGUUCAGAAUGCGUACCGCACGUGCUGGUACGGUCGGCCGGGUCCGACCUUCGUCGACCUGCCGGCGGACAUCAUCCAGGGGAAGUCGUCCGCGGAAUUCACCCUCCCUACCCCGGAGACCAUGUUGGUGCCGGCACCACCGAAGGCAGCUGGCGAUCCGGCACUGAUCUGGAAAGCGGCGCAGCUGCUGCGGAGCGCUCGAGCGCCGCUGUUGAUUCUGGGCAAAGGCGCGGCAUACGCGCAGGCGGAAGCUGGGAUCCGCGAGCUGGUUGAGCAGACGCAGAUCCCGUUCCUGCCGACCCCAAUGGGCAAGGGCAUCGUUCCGGACUCUCAUCCUCUAAAUACGUCCAGCGCGCGCAGCGCCGCUUUGAAGAACGCAGACGUCGUCCUCGUGCUAGGGGCGCGGCUCAACUGGAUUCUCCACUUCGGCGAGGCGCCCAAGUGGUCCCCGAAGGCGAAGAUCAUCCAGGUGGACAUCUGCGCCGAGGAGAUCGGCCGCAACGCCGGGACCGCCGAGCUGGGCAUCCUCGGCGACAUCAACCUGGUGGUUGACCAGUUGACCAGCUCGCUGGCGAACUGGCGGUACGGCCCCUCACCGGCGCCGGGCCAUUACCCAGGACUUCUGGCCGAAUCGGCCAAGAAGAACGAGGACAAGGCGCAGAAGGCGGCCCUCCGUCGGACACCGGCCAACACGCCGCUGACGUAUCAGCGGGCAUACCACAUCAUCAAGACGACGAUCAACGAGCUGACGCCCGCCGAAGAAGGCAACGUGGUGUACGUCUCGGAGGGCGCCAACACGAUGGACAUCUCGCGCUCGAUCUUCCCGCUCGACCACCCCCGACAGCGCCUAGACGCAGGGACGUACGCGACUAUGGGCGUGGGAAUGGGCUACGUGGUCGCCGCGCACGAAGCAUUCAACGCGACUCCCACGGCAGCCAGUACCAAACCAAAGAAGAUUGUCGCGCUAGAAGGCGACAGCGCCUUCGGCUUCAGCGGAAUGGAGAUAGAGACGCUCGCGCGGUACCGCAUCCCAGCACUCAUCUACGUAGUCAACAACUCAGGCAUCUACCACGGGGACAGCACGUCCGAAGAAGCUUGGAAGACGCUGCAGGCCCAAACGACAGCCAACGACACCAGAAGUGGCGGAGACGACGCAACCAAGGGCUUACGGUCGACGAGUCUGCUGUACGAGACACGCUACGAGAUGCUGGCGACCAUGUGCGGCGGGAAGGGCUACUUUGUGCGCACCGAGCAGGAGCUGGAGCAGGCGACGCGCGAGGGCUUCCUGAGCGAUACUGUCACUGUGAUUAAUUUGAUUGUGGAGCCUGGGAUUGGGAAGAAGAUCGGGUUUGCGUGGCAGGGGAAUAAUAAUGCGCAGGAUGGGCAGGCUAAGCUGUAA